GUACAGACAAACAUCAAGUACUUGUUGUUUUCAUCAUUUUUCAGAUACGUUAGCGAUCAGCGCAAACUAGAUGCGCAAAACUAUCAUCACAAAGGCAUCGAAAAGAAAAAAAUGUAAAUAACCUUACAGACGAUGACAGACCUUUUGAAAGAUAUUCUGUAUGGCAUCAUUAAUGGCUUCAGAGACAGUAUUUUAGGUACUGUAAAAAUAUUUAAACUAGAUAAUCAGGAUGAAGAAGAAGAAAGUGAUAAAUCAUCAGAGCCUUUGACAACACUAGCAAGGAGGAGGGCAGAAAAGAGGAAAGACAAAUCCUCAAGUCAAAAACAGCAGAAAAAUCCAAGAGUAUUACAAAGAUUAUUCCUGUGUUGUGGUUGGAAUGGAGGAAUCUUUUUAGCUAGUAUAUUAUUAUUUAACUAUGUACUGAUACCGGUAUUACAGUGGUUCACAGAACUUAUCUUUAGUAGCUCUGGUACAGAAGUUAGUGUAUGGUCGUAUAUGGGACCUGUAUUGUCAUGGACAUUUAGUGCUCUCUGGAUUUUACCUUUGUUUGUACUUAGCAAAAUAGUCAACUGCUUUUGGUUUCAGGACAUUGCUGAUGCAGCAUAUGUUAAAUCCAGGGGAAAACCCCAGUUGUUAUAUAUAAGUACACUUAUAGCAGACAUGUCUUUCAGUCUACUGAUACAGGCACUCUUCCUUAUACAGAGUACAGCUGCCAGUUUUUUACCUAUUCCUAUGGUUGGGACAGUUGUUGGUUUAAUACACAUGUGCUUGUUACAUUCACUGUACAGUUUUGAAUAUAAAUGGUUCAAUAUGGGUUGGGAAGUGCAUAAAAGAUUACAGUAUAUAGAAAAUAGAUGGCCCUAUUUUUGUGGAUUUGGUUUACCUCUAGCUUUAGCAACCUCAUUCCACUCUUCUGUUGUUAUCAGUGGAUGUCUUUUCUCUAUCCUGUUUCCCUUGUUUAUUGUAAGUGCCAAUGAAGCAGAGGAACCACAACAGAAUUUUAAUUUCCCAUUGAAGCUGUUUUCACCAGUAGUUUGUAUAUCCAAUAGUCUAUACAGUUCCUUGUUCAAAAAGCCAGGCACUGCCAGUAAGCCAAAAGAGUCAACAUCACAACAAUCAAGUGACUCAAGGUCAUCUCCAAGGAGACACAUCAGACUACAAGAGAGUCACAGAUAACCACAGCCAAACUGUAGAAUUUUAUUUAUAUUUAUGCUUAUUUUUAUGGUCUUAUUUUUAUUGUCAUUAUCCAAUCCAGCAAUAAUUGAUCUCCAAAUCUAUGUUGAUCAAAAACAGUUUAUGUAUUACAAUAAGGUUUUUGAAUGUAUAGCCUGGUUUGUAUCCUAUUUGCUACCAAUUUCAGGGGCGGAUCCAGCCAUUUAAAAAAAAGGGGGGGGGGGGGGGGGUCCAACUAUAUGUCCCCAUUCAAAUGCAUUGAUCUGCCAAAAAAAGGGGGGGUCCCAACCCCUGGAACCACCACCCCCUGGAUCUGCCAAUGAAUUUUAAAACUCAUAGUUUUUAUAGGGUUAUAUGUCUUAUUUGAGGAAAUAGUACAUUGAAAAAACAAAUGCCAUGUUCUGUGUUUAUUACACUAAAUUAUUGAUUUGAUGACUGAAUCUGAUAGAGCAAAUUUGUUUGAUGUAAAUUUUCCAAAAUGCGUGAAUAAAUUAUAUCAGUGUGUAAAAAUCUGAGUAGAUUUUAUGUAAAUUGAAGUUGUUCUUAUUGUACUGAAUUGGAUGUAUCUAUUGUAUGGUGUAUCAUGUGUAUGUAUGUUAUUGAUAGUAGAGAGACUGAUAAAUGUAUUGAUAACAAUGUUGUUCGAAUAAUAAAAUAUUUGUCUGGUUGUUAUUUGUGUGCAGAAUAAAACUUUGUGUUAUAUUUGUUCUUCCUGCCAUAAAGUAGUUGAAAACA